UCCUAUUCCUCUUUGCAGCUUGGGGGCGGGCCUGGGGACCGGCUCUGUCCGGUGGUGGAUAAAGGGCCCUGGAUCUGCAAGGAAGAAGAGAACAGGAAAGGCAGAGCGGAGGAGCAGAGGAUCCUGGAGCAUCUGUUUCUCAGGGGAGGAAGACGGUGAAAGGCGGAAAGGAGCGAGAGAUCGGGGGGGGGGGGGCUCUGAUUCUCAGCAAGGGAAGAAGGAAGGUGAAAGGCAGAAAGAAAAGAGUGACUGUUGCGGGUUUGCUCCGCCGAGCAGAAGAAGGACGUGAGGGGCAGAGCGGAGGACAGCAAACACCCUGAAUUUGCCCAGUGGACCCCAGGGCCCUGAGGCAGUAGUGGGUGCAAAAGGGGAGCGAGAAAGGUCACUCAGAGGGGAGAACGCCCCAAGUCAACUCAGGAAAUACAGCAAGCCGGCACCAGAGGAGCAGGAGAACGGCCUGGAGGAGGAGAGGGGAGGCCUGGAAAUUAGGGGGCUUGGAGACACGCCCUGAGGGAGUGGCAGACCAGCAAAGGCUCCUAGGAGGAGUGCGGCACCAUGAGUUACCCAGGCUAUGGUAAAGGCCCCGAGCCCUCCGUCCCUGCUCAGCCGCCCCCAUACUCCAACGUGCCGCCUUAUGGGGCCCCUCCUCCGCUACUGCCCUCAGACCGGCAACUCCCCACUCCAAGCUACGGGGCAGCUCCCAACCAACAGGGCUAUUACCCUCCAUACAACGAGGACCCCAACCGGGGCCCGAUGGGCUAUGCCCCACAGCAGGUCAUCCUGGUCUCCCCACCUCCUGCCAAGGAGAAUGACUACCUGGGCUACUCCAUCUUCACCCUCCUCUGCUGCUGCCUGCCCCUGGGCAUCGUGGCGCUGGUGUAUUCCAUCCAGACCCGGGAUGCCAACAGCAGCGGGAACACUAGCCAAGCACAGCAGAGUUCCCGGAUGGCCCGGAUUUUCAACCACACAGCCCUGGGGGUGGGGAUUGUGGUGCUGAUCGUGUGGGUCGCCAUUGUGAUUGCCAUCAGCGUCUCAGCCUAUAGAUAAAACCCCUGAGGGACUGAUCCUUCCGCCCCGCCCUGCCCCCCAGCUCUAAGCCGAGCCCUCCAAUAGGGGGCAGUGGUUUUGAACACCUCCCUGAAUCCAUACACACAGACCCGCAUUCACCACAACACAACCAUCUCCUCAGCCCACCCACACAGUCACAAAGCAGCCAGUCUGUGCCCCCACAUACAACAUCCCCCCCUUGCCAGCCCCCCAGCCCACAUCAUGGGACCCAGGGAGAAUGAGCCCCCUCUGCCAGCCAUCAGGACUCACACACCCUAGACCCCCCAAGUAGGCCAAGUACCACUCCCCUCCCCCCCAGGGCGCAUGGCCCAAUGAGGGCGCAAAGGACUCUGGGAGACACUGGGACUGGACGGGACUUCAGACGGGGUCUGAGAUGAUUCAGACACGGCAAAGGGGGCUAAGAGGAGUGUGGACCCAAAUGUCCUCCUGCCCCCCCCUCAAUCUGGCCUUACCCCCCUGGCUCCCCACCACCACCACCCAUCUGGGGUCCGUUUCGGGCCACACCAUUGGAUUCUGGGAAAAACGGGACUGGCCAGCCCAUUGGCUAAGAUUGUCUCAUGUCCCCCUUUGUUGUGUGAGAGGAUAAGAGCUCUACUACUCCUGCUGUCUGGUGGAGAGACUCCUUUAAUGCCACCUAGAGGAUACCAGCUCGACUACCACUGCUGGUUAAUGGCUGAAGGAGCUGUGAGCAGGGCCUGUCAUGGCCUGACCAGCAGGAGCACUCCCUGCUGGGUAACCCCAGAAGUCUGGUCCCUGAUCAGCAUCCUAGUGGCAAAAUCCAGAAAGAGAGCGCGCAGCUGUCCUCACUCCUCCAGUGGGUCCCCAGAACGAACGCCCGUCUGCCUUGAGAAACCAGCUGCGGGCGCCCGGCUGGGAAAGCCACCCCCUGCCAGCUGCACUGACGAGCAGCAAAAAGCCUCUUGUAUGCAGGUGCUAGGGGGUGGCACACUUCCAAUGCCACCUGCGCCUCGGGAAUGACAGUCCCGGGUUACUGCGAAACGACAGCUUCUGAAGGCCUCAAAACGCAGGCGGUUUCCCCAGUGUUUCACCCACCAGCCUUCGCCCGUCUGUCCAGAGGUUGCCCUCGAUCCGCUGACAGCACUGAGGCUGGACACACUCGCGACUUUAAUGCUCAGUGGAAGCUAGACGCAUUCAGGCUGGAAACGAGGGGUCCGUGUCCAACAAGGAGGGGAAUGCUGGGGUGGUUUUCUAAAAAAAUCUGCUCUCAUGCAAAUGGGGGUUCAUUUGGGAAAGCGUUCAGGCUUUGUUGUGAUCACCGGGCUCCUUUCUGACCCUGUGAUCGACAAAGCUACCGAUGGACAGUGCUGCCAAGAGCUAGGUAGGAUUCUUACGUGACUCUUUGGUUAAAGGGGCAUUGGGCGCUCCAGAGGAAUUCGGAGGGGUUCAGCGUUAUCCCCCAUAUAUUACCUUUGGGUACAGUCAUGCGUGGGACGGCCUGGCUAUGGAGUAUUGCCCAGGUGAGGUCAUUUUGAAUUGAAUUGCCGUUCUUGGCUCGAUCAGUAGCUUGUCUCCCUUCUUCAAUCCCACUUGAGAAUCCUUUGCUUGACUUUAGAAGCGAGAUCCACUAAUUCCAUGGACAGCCGAGCUCUUUUGGGGAUAUUUCAGGCUCCGUGUAGAUACUAAAUUCCCCCAGCAGAAGGGGUAGGGACAGAGACUAAAUGUUUGCUGUGUAGCGAGACUGGGAUGAGAUCUUGUUGCAUGGGCUGAGCACUCCGAAAUUGUAGCAUCCCGCGGGGAGUUCAGUUUCUGCGGCUCGGCUAACCAGCUUCCCGUUGCUUUCUGCAAACUCUCGGCUGCUUUCAAAGUUAUUUUUGGCUAGUAAAACACUGAUAUGUGCUCAUGCUCCAGUCGGUGCUGUAAGGAUCACGGAUCCAGAGGGAACUGGCUCAUUAAAUUAUUUAACCAA